CUCUCUCUUUCUCUCUCUAUACUAUGGUGCUAUAGCUCUAUACAGACACGCAUUCAUUCAAUUGCUCGGCUUGCCUGUCUAUUUCUCUCUCUCUCUCUGCUACCUCUCUCUCUAGCAUCCUCGCCGGUUCGGUGGAGCAGCCGUGAUAAUUCAGCUGAGGUGGAAGUGGCGUGCGGUGGGUGGGUAAACGUCGUCGUUUGGGGUAUCGAUCGGCGUGUGAACUGAAAAAGGUAAGCACCGACUGUCAUAAUCUCAAAGUCAAGCUCCUUCGAUCGAGGUAACUAAGACGAUCCAUAGACCUUUUGUACACAGAAUUAAAGGUUGUUGCAGGCAUAUGCAAAGUUAGAUUUGAGGAAUUAAAUGCUCAUGCAGAAGAAUAAGUCAAGGUAAAAUAAAAUAUAAAUUUUUUGUGCUGCAGCAGUGGUGUCAGAGAAGAUGUUGGAAGGUCCAAAAUUUGCAGGACUUAUAGACCUAAAUCAAAACCAUGAUAAUUAUGGUCUCUCUCAAAACUUUUAUCAUAAGCUUGGCGAGGGGUCAAAUAUGUCAAUUGACAGUUAUCCAAGCUUGCAAAUGAGCAAUGGCGGAGGGUCUGUUGCAAUGUCUAUGGAUAACAGCAGUGUUGGGUCCAAUGAUUCAAAUACUCGGAUCUUAAACCACCAGGGUCUCAAGCGUGUUCACAACAACUAUUCUGUUGCAGCUAGUGUGAACAGGGGAAAAGUUUCUCAUGGAUUGAGUGAUGAUGCACUGGCACAAGCUUUGAUGGAUCCACAUUAUGCUACUCAGGGGCUUGAGAAUUAUGAUGAGUGGACAAUUGAUUUAAGGAAACUUAAUAUGGGACCAGCUUUUGCCCAGGGUGCUUUUGGCAAACUUUAUAAGGGAACUUAUAAUGGUGAGGAUGUUGCAAUUAAGCUUCUUGAGAGACCAGAGAAUGAUCUUGAGAGGGCUCACUUGAUGGAGCAGCAAUUUCAGCAGGAAGUAAUGAUGUUGGCAAGGUUGAAGCAUCCAAACAUAGUUAGGUUUAUCGGUGCAUGCCGUAAACCCAUGGUUUGGUGUAUUGUAACUGAGUAUGCAAAAGGAGGAUCUGUGCGGCAAUUCCUGGCAAAGCGACAAAACCGAUCUGUGCCCUUGAAAUUGGCUGUAAAGCAGGCCUUGGAUGUUGCAAGGGGCAUGGAAUAUGUUCAUGGCCUUAAUUUGAUCCAUCGUGACUUGAAGUCUGACAACCUUUUAAUUGCUGCUGACAAGUCCAUUAAAAUUGCUGACUUUGGAGUUGCUCGCAUUGAAGUUCAGACUGAAGGAAUGACACCAGAGACUGGAACAUACCGUUGGAUGGCUCCGGAGAUGAUCCAGCACAGGCCUUACACCCAGAAAGUCGAUGUUUAUAGCUUUGGUGUUGUCCUGUGGGAGCUGAUCACUGGGAUGCUUCCCUUCCAGAACAUGACUGCUGUGCAGGCGGCUUUUGCUGUUGUAAACAAAGGUGUCCGUCCAGCAAUACCAAACGAUUGUUUGCCCGUCCUGGCUGAGAUCAUGAGUCGCUGCUGGGAUCCUAAUCCUGAUGUUAGGCCCCCCUUCUCCGAGGUGGUCAGAAUGCUCGAGGCUGCCGAAACAGAGAUCAUGACAACUGUGAGGAAGGCGCGCUUCAGAUGCUGCAUGACCCAACCGAUGACUAUGGACUGAUGUGGAACAGGAGAAAUUAGAAGCAGAAUGGAGAUAAAAAGGCGGCCAGAGGAGAAAGCUGAUUCUAAGUUGUGUAUGCAUUCAGGCAUCAUUUCUUUAUUCAGAUAGAAGAAAGGGGAGAAAGUUAUGAUGAUAAGAACUGCUUGUUUUGUGUUUCGUUUUGAUGGAUUUAAGAACAAUGCUGAUUAGUGGUAAUAGGGAGGCUUGAUAUGUAUCUAUACAUGUCCUUUGUUGAUGUGAUUAAACCUGCUCUGUUUAGUUGUUUGACUUUGAUCAGAAUCUGAAUAUAGCAGGGCUUGAAGGUCCUUGCAUAAUGCUCACCUGCCAUCUUUACUUUUA